UUCAAUGUGAGAGCAAAAAGUGCGUGUGGUGCGGCCAUGGAAAUCUACCGACUUACCUGGGUGUCUGUAUUAAUUACGGGUGCUGUUGGUUCUCCUUUUCUUGUGCAGAUGCCAUCUUCACUGAAGGUUACCACUGGAGAGCCUUUCUCAUUGAACUGCUCCCUAAGAAAUGGCCGCCUAGAUCCUGACUAUCUUUGGUAUCGUGGCUUCAACAGGAGCACAGCAAGCGUUGUACCAAGCCACAGUGGCAGGAUGUUCUACAGCUCAGAUGAAAACGGUGCAAGCCUAAGAGUAACUGGCUCCCGUCGAGCCGACUCGGGCCAGUAUUUUUGCGCAGUAUCGCAUAAUGGAGAGAAGAUUUUUAGUGAUGGCACGCAGGUGUAUGUGAAAGAUAGCAGGUGUCUGGCCAUGGCGUAUACCUUUCUGAAUGCGGCGAAACUGCUACUUGUGUUAACUGUCAGUGUGGAGCUUCUGUGUUUGGCAAAGUACAAAAAAAUAAAUCCGCAGAGGAAGAAAAGGCAAUUCAACAUGGAGAUGCACAGCCACGAAGAAACCUGCGAUGACACUGCAAUGACUGAAAUACAAACAUAAUAAGUAAAUUGUGUAGUAGCCAUGUUCUUGAAACACGGCAUUGUUCUACUUAUACUAAAUGACCACAUUCUUAAAUUCAUUUUCUUGUACACUGUAUAUAUACAGA